UGAGUUUUGGCCCGCCGAGUGAUUGAGUUUGACACCCUUGCUUUAUAUCAAUUGCACAGCUAGGAAAUUUAUCAAAGUGUCAAUCAUUUUGAUAGUCGUUCCUAAAAUAAGAAAGAAAAAUGCAGUCCAUGUAACUGAGAUAGGAUCUGCACUGAGACCUGGGCUUUUUAAAACAUAUUUCUUUGACUGUGUAGCAGUGAUACACGCCCUACAUGUCUAGUGUCAGCUUACAGUGGUGCGAUUUCGUUACCUGGUCGUUGGAGUUGAAGGCAAGCAACUGUACAAAUAGCGUUCUGUAUUAAAGUGACACAAGGAUUUGUGUUAUGAAACUGACUUGCGUUUCUGCAGAAUUACUAAUUUAUAAUCAUCUGACUAGGAUAUCACAACAACGACGAAGGUAUAUAUAGGUGACACAUUAAUUAAGUGGUUUUUUUGGGGUGGUUACAGCAUGGUCUAAGUUUUCUCGAAUCUUUGUCAAUAUUGUCUUUGUUGUCUUUCUUGUCUAUCUUGACAUUUUUGUCUGGUCGGUCUUAUCAGUCUUGUCUCUAUGGUCUUUCUUGUCUGUCUUGACGAUCUUGUCUGGUCUGUCUGGUCUUUCUUUUCUGGUCGGUCUUGUCUGUCUAAUUUUAAUUUGCCUUGUCUGGAUUUUCGUUCUUUUCUGACUUGUCUGUCUGGUCUGUUUUUUGUUUUUUUUAAAUUUGAAUCAUUGCCAUUGCAUUAUUUCCUUUUGUACAUCGAAAUGAUGAAAAAAAAAAUCACAAAAAUACAAAUCAAGGACGUGUGAGCCAUGUACUUUCUGCAUAUUUAAAUAACUCCGUCAGAUGUGUUGCGAUAUUUCAUUGGUAAAAGAAUGACUUAUUGAUCACCAAUAAGUUGAGUGAAAGACCUAUCAAGAAGCAACAUAUAAUUCUAACAUCCUCAUAAAAGUCUGAAAAUGCUCCAGAGAGGGGUAGUUCGAAGACUUAAGGGUCGACCAUUAAUUAUGUCAACAAAAUAGCGGGGGGGGGGGAGAGGGAGAUCUAAAUUAGUUGACAUCAGCAAUCAUGUCAACAAAAUAGCGGGAGGGGGGGGAGAGGGAGAUCUAAAUUAGUUGACAUCAGCAAUCAUGUUUGCUCUAUUAAAAUUUUAAUCUGAAAAAUUAACCCGUUAUUACAUGAUUUUAACAAUAUUAAUGAUUGUAAAUUAAAAUAUUUAUAUAAUUUUCAGGCUUUUGACAAUAUAAGAUUUAUUUAAUGUGUGUCUGUGCACGGCAGAUGGCUGGUGAGAAUGUUAGCACACUUUGUUAGUACCGGUACAGGAGAAGUCAAAAGUUGGCAACUCUUCACCUGUGGAUUCUGUUCGUCGCAAAUAACUAGUUCAGUAUGUUGGCGAUCUUGUUGCAGGUAUUGAACAAGGGCAAGGUUCAAGGUCAUGUGCAGUCAAGAUAAAUGAUAUUGAUAGAGUAGGAUUACGAUAUUUUGAGAAUUAGGGGAAAGUUACGUGAGUAACAAUAAUAACAUCGCUGCUCGAUGAAAGGAUUUGGAAAAUCUGUAACAUCUAUUUUGCAUCACAAGUCCUGUUGAAAUAAUACGGUCAACAGCACAGAAAAUGCAUAAGAAAUGACCAUCUGCUCCUCAAUAAAAAAGGAUUCGAUUAAUUCAUGUAGCUUCUAGGAGACAGAGAGAGAGCUUAUGGAGGUUAUUGCUCACACUGACAAUGCUUCUAGUUUAAGUGCUAAAUGGUUAGAUGAGGAUAAUGUUGACUUGUCUGGUAUAUCAGUUCUGCAAGAUGAAAAUGAUGAAUCAGCUACUAUGCCCAGUGUAACGAUAGAUGUGUAGUCUUUAACAACCUAUUCAUUGAUUCUGCAUUAUAAAAUGUAAGUGUGAAAACUUUUUUAGUUGUUGAUUAAUAAGCUUAAGAUGUAACGAAAAUGUGUUUCCUACAAUUCUGUGUUAUUAAAUUUUUUUAUAAAAAGUGUUGGACUGGUUCAGAGAGCACCUCUACAACAUAAAUAAACACGCUCUCUGUCCGGUCUCCAAAUAUUUCAAUAGCCCUAACCAUUAUGGUAUCUCAGACAUCGCUGUUACUGGUAUACUCUAUACUAGUAACACCACAGAUAGCAUCUAUAUGGAGAACAAAUUAAUAACCAGAUUUGGUACGUUGUCUCCAUAUGGAAUGAACCAAAUCCACAAUUUUUCCUAGCUGCCAUGUCUUUUUCCUGUAUGGUUUUUACAAUUAUGUUAAAAUCACUUCCUUCUACUCCUCUUUACUUUGUUUUUGUCUGGUUUUAGCGCCCUCUCCUAUUUUUUCUGUUUUAGGUAGGAAAUGUAUAUUUAUAUUAUGUAAAUUUAAUUUUUACUUAUUUAAAUGUGUUUUGUUUGUUUGUACUGAUGAAGGCAUGUGUCGAAACGUUUACUUGUGUAUAAUGCAUAAUUAUUAUUAAAGCAUAAUUAAUAUUGUUAUAUUGACACAAUUUGUUCGUGUCUUAUUAAUCUGUGCUUUUAAAAUAGAUCAGUAUAUACAUUUAUUAAUAUUAUAAUUCAUUAUUAUUAUUAUUAUUUUUUUUUUUUGGGGGGGGGGAGGGUUUAUGAAAAUGUUGACAUAAUUACUUAAGGGGGGGGGGGGUUAUUGAACGUUUGACAGUUGUUGACAAAGGAGGGAAAAAAAAAUAAUGGACGCCCCCUUAUUGCACAUCAAUAAGUUUAGUGAAAAACAAACAAAAGGAAAUUGGUCGAAAAUUUUAACGUACGAACUGGAAAAAAAAAAAAAAAAGAUUCGAUCAAAUUUGUUUCGAUCAAUUUUCCGUCGGCGAAAUUCCUUUCGAUCAAAUUUCCGGUAACUGACUAAUCUGCUUCGAAAACUGCUUACAGCUGCAUGAUGACCUGCUUGUCUUUUAUUUCCGAUUAUCAAAUUUCAAUUAGGCCGGGGUAAAUGUGAAUAGUUUUGUUGAAAAAUCUACUUGAAUGGUAAUUCAUCAUCAUAAACAUUGUUAAUGACGAAAUAACACAAGAUUGCAUGGAUCACUGGUUCUUAUAAUAAUUAUGUAGAAGGCCUACUGGAGACCUGUUUACUUUUAUGAUUUUGGCCACCAAUUUGUGAUUUUGAGACGUCUUUUGCGAAUCUCUGUGGAGACCCGCCAGAACUACAAUUUUAAGAGACCCGGUUAAAAAAUAUGGGGAGGUUUGUCACCGAACGAAAUAAUUAAGUCACAAGCGCGGAAAGACUAGUGUAUUGGUACUAGCUAUAUUACUACAGCUAUAUCUUGCCAGCUAUUUAUGAAAACACAAAGCAUUGCUAUGACGAUAACCGUGAACCACGUGGUGAUAUUUUUUAUAGCCUCAAUAACAGACAUUUAUGCGGCACUUGGCUCUAUCUUGUCAUGAUAACUGUUGCAGAUAUGUCUAGGCAACGCUGUGAUUUUAUUAUAAAAGCUAAAGGAAUUCAAGGAUAUAUUUUGCAUGAAUAUAAAGUGAUAUUGUCUUAUGUCUGCUACAAUACAUGCCUAUGACGUGAUGUUGUCUUGAACUGCUCCAAUACAAGCACAUCCAAUCAAAAUGUUCACUUAUCAUGCUACUUUAAAAUACACUAUUAAGAAAACUUCAAUUCCUUUUUAAUUAAAAUUGUAAAAGACGAAGUAUUCAUUGGAUGAUAAUUUAUCAAUAUUCCAGAUGAUCUAAUUUUUUAAAUAAAAAGAAUGUAAAUAUUGAUAUUUCCCCCAAUCAUCUUUCGGCGAAACAAGAAUGUAUGCGUGAACGAAUAUUAAAAUAUCUAAAUCUUUCGGUUUCUACUUUUUGUUUUGGCCGAAAGUCUCGUUAAGCUUUUGUUUUCGGCUUCGGUUUCGGCUGAAAGUCUCGUUAAUCUUUUGGUUUCGGCCGAAAGUAAUUUUUAACUUACGGUCUGGUUUCGGUUGCGGCUGAAAUCAGAAAAUAACUUUCGGUGGGUCUCUAAUAUAAAGUGAUGUUGUCUAGUCGGGAUGCAUGCUGUAAUCCAAUGGGAAAACGAAUGGCAGUCGGGUGUUAUUGCCUGGCUUGUCAUCAGUUGAGUAAAAAGUGAAGGAGCCGUUUUAAAUAUAUCUUCACCACACCAACGAUCAGCUGAUUGAAAGUCUCUGGAUAAAAAAAAAUUUGGCUCUUGAUCUCUAGAUCCACUAUCAAAUAAUUGGCUCUUGAUCUCUAGAUCCACCAUCAAAUAAUUGGCUCUUGAUCCCUAGACCCACCAUCAAAUAAUUAGCUCUUGAUCUAUAGAUCCACCAUCAAAUAAUUGGCUCUUGAUCUCUAGAUCCAUCAUCAAAUAAUUGGCUCUUGAUCUCUAGAUCCACCAUCAAAUAAUUGGCUCUUGAUCUCUAUAUCCACCAUCAAAUAAUUUGCUCUUAAUCUCUAGAUCCACCAUCAAAUAAUUGGCUCUUGAUCUCUAGAUCCACCAUCAAAUAAUUGUCACUUGAUCUCUAGAUCCACCAUCAAAUAAUUUGCUCUUAAUCUCUAGAUCCACCAUCAAAUAAUUGGCUCUUGAUCUCUAGAUCCACCAUCAAAUAAUUGUCACUUGAUCUCUAGAUCCACCAUCAAAUAAUUGGCUCUUGAUCUCUAGAUCCACCAUCAAAUAAUUGGCUCUUGAUCCCUAGAUCCACUAUCAAACAAUUGGCUCUUGAUCUUUGAUCCACUAUCACAAAAUUGGCUCUUGAUCUCUAGAUCCACUAUCAAACAAUUGGCUCUUGAUCUCUAGAUCCACUAUCAAAUAAUUGGCACUUAAUCUCUAGAUCCACUAUAAAAAAAAAUAUCCCAGAGAAGAAGGGGACUUAACUCGGUGACCAUCGAUACAAAAUUGUGCAAAAGAUGUUCGUGCCCCUGCCGAGAUUUGCUGUCUCUCUUAUUUGUUUUCAUUUUCUGGAAAAUAAUAAUUUAAUAGCGCUGAUUGACACAAUUCUGGAUUCUUGCAUUCAGUUGAACGAUGCGGUCACAGCUUAGGUGGGGCCCUCAACGUAAACGGAGCUUCUUAAUAAUCACGACAAAUUAGGGGCCCUAUAGAAAUCCUUUAGUUAGAAGAUGAAGUCCAUAGCAUGUGUUUCUAAGCUCACGUGUUUGUUUCAAAUAUUUCAGAAUGUUUCAGAGAGUGAAGAGAUUUCUCUAUGACCUUAUUGUCUGGUCCGGCAUCAUCAACUAUCUAACGCUUCUGAUAAGACCCAUGCUGAGGAAGAUCAUCUCAAAAACUAAAAGCUCAAACUACAAAGUCGUCGACAGUUCAGGAGCCUCCAUGGAUGCCACGCUCUUGCAGGGCAAGGUCUUUCCCCCUGUCCGGACUAGUAAAAUACUCUCUAUUUCCGGUAUGAGGAUAAGAAAAGAUGACGCGUUUCUCUGCGGCUAUCCCAAAACCGGAUGCCACUGGAUGUACGAGAUCAUGCAGAUGCUGACGUCGGGGCGCGCGCAGCUUUCGAAACAAGGGAAGGAACUCGGCGGCAUGAUCGACCUCGUUCCCGACAUUGUGCUGGAUUCUCUCCCCUCCCCAAGGAUCCUGAACUCCCACCUGCACUACGACGAGCUCCCGAAAGGCGUUAAAGAGAACAAGACGAAGAUCGUUCUGACGGUGCGAAACCCCAAAGACACGGUGGUCUCCCACUACAAUCAUCAUAAGGUCAUGACGUUCAUGUACGGCUACGACGGGAAAUUCGAUGACUAUUUCGAGCUGUUCAUGGCGGGGAAAUUAGAAUUCGGCGAUUAUUUUGAACACGUCCUGAGCUGGGACAGGGUCAUGAAAACGCAGAACGACAACCCGGUGCUGAUGGUGUCUUUCGAAGACCUGAAGGCGCGGCCAGUGGAGAUGGUGAGAACUGUGGCCAGAUUCCUCGGGAAGUCCGUCACCGACCAGUUGGCCGAGGACAUCGUUAAGGCUUGUGAUUUCGACGUCAUGAAGGAGAAGAGAAAGAAGGAGGGAGGGGUGGACGCUACAAUGUUUAGAAAAGGUAACCAUGGAAAAAGUGGAGAAAAAAAUAAUAGGUGAAAACAAAAUAAUAGGCGAAAACAAAAUAAUAGGUGAAAACAAAAUAAUAGGUGAAAACAAAGUAAAAGGUGAAAACAAAACAAUAGGUGAAAACAAAAUAAUAGGUGAAAACAAAAUAAUAGGUGAAAACAAAAUAAUAGAUGAAAACAAAAUAAUAGGUGAAAACAAAGUAAUAGGUGAAAACAAAACAAUAGGUGAAAACAAAAUAAUAGGUGAAAACAAAAUAAUAGGUGAAAACAAAAUAAUAGAUGAAAACAAAAUAAUAGGUGAAAACAAAAUAAUAAGUGAAAACAAAAUAAUAGAUGAAAACAAAAUAAUAGGUGAAAACAAAAUAAUAGGUGAAAACAAAACAAUAGGUGAAAACAAAAUAAUAGGUGAAAACAAAAUAAUAGGUGAAAACAAAGUAAUAGGUGAAAACAAAACAAUAGGUGAAAACAAAAUAAUAGGUGAAAACAAAAUAAUAAGUGAAAACAAAAUAAUAGGUGAAAACAAAGUAAUAGGUGAAAACAAAACAAUAGGUGAAAACAAAAUAAUAGGUGAAAUCAAAGUAAUAGGUGAAAACAAAGUAAUAGGUGAAAACAAAACAAUAGGUGAAAACAAAAUAAUAGGUGAAAACAAAAUAAUAGGUGAAAACAAAAUAAUAGGUGAAAAAAAUAAAAAUAAAAAAAUAAUUGGUGGAAAAAAAAUCUUACAGUACAUCUAAUUUUCCGAUCCACAAAUUGUAGCUUUGAGUACAGUAAACCAGUUCUUAUUUUUAAAAAAAAUUAUCAUGUAAACACGCAAUACAGUGUAAUAUUUUUUUCCGAUUCAACUUUCUGCGCCGCUAUGAAUGUAAACUACAUUAGGUGAUUUAAUGUAUUUUUGGAUGUUUGUUUUUUUUUUACUUGUGGCGUGCCGCGAAAUUCUUGGAAAGGCCUAGGGUGUGCCGCUUGUAAGAGAAGGUUGAUGAACUCGUAUGCUUCUUGUAUCCAGUCCAAGAAUCAUAAACAGGGCUUGUAUUCCAAAGUCCCCACCAGUGGCGUAGCUAGGUUUAAUGCCACCCGGGGCGGGCAAAGAUUUUUGCCGCAGCGACCACGAAAAAACCUUGUAGUUCGACGAAAAUGCCACCCCUCAGUAUAUAGAGUUAAAGUGCCGCCCUGGGUGAACCGGCCCUUCUGCACCCCCCUUCCUACGCCAGUGGUCCCCACCCAUAAAUACGCUUGGAAAAUUUCUUUUCUGUAUAAAAAAAAAUCUUUUAAAUAGUAUUUUAAACGUCAUAAGUUAAAUGAGGUUUCUUUUAAAAUCCAUCUUUCCACAGGCAAAGUUGGUGACUGGAGGAACUGGCUGACAGAUUCUCAGAGUGAGGCUAUUGAUGCAGUGUGGCGGGAGAAGAUGAUGGCCUGCUCCUAUCAACCUGACUAUUAGCUGCGCUUAUGACGUCUUGAAAAAAAAAUAAAAAUUCAGGAGGCUUGCGCCAAUUUAAAAAAAAAA